AUGGAGCGGAUCGCCCUGCUUAGCCCGGUUUGUUCUCCUCAUCUGCAGAACUACCCCCUGUACAUCCGGAGCGUCCCCACGGAGAACGAGCUGAAAUUCCACUACACCGUGCACACCUCCCUGGACGUGGUGGAUGAGAAGAUCUCGGCGAUGGGGAAGGCGCUCGUCGAUCAGAGAGAGCUCUACCUGGGGCUCCUGUACCCCACCGAAGACUACAAAGUAUACGGCUACGUGACAAAUUCCAAGGUUAAGUUUGUUAUGGUGGUAGAUUCUUCGAACACAGCACUUCGAGACAAUGAGAUCCGCAGCAUGUUCCGAAAGCUGCACAACUCCUACACAGACAUCAUGUGCAACCCCUUCUAUAACCCCGGGGACUGUAUUCAUUCCAGGGCCUUUGAUAACAUGGUGACCUCCAUGAUGAUGCAGGUGUGCUGAAGCUACUCCUAUCCCCUCCCUUUCACUGCUUGUGACCAUUCUUUUGUACAGAGGUGUGUGUCUAUGAAGUGCUCUGUAUAUACAGCGUUUGCACUUACUGUAUAUAAAAUAAACCUGAUGCUAGUGGGA